AUGCUCCUUGGAUGUCGGCAUGUUGAUCUUCCCAAGACUAUUGCGUGGCACAAGCUAGAUCGUGUGAACUACGCGUUCGCGGUCCCUGAUGAACAUGGUCAGUUGACCAGUUUUGAACCGGCUCGACUGCGCUUAGUUGUAGAACAUGCUCAUCGUUUUGGAAAACCAGUCAGCCUGAGUGUCGGAGGCUGGACUGGUUCGGUGCACCUCAGCUCGCUUGUUCGUCACAAAAAAUCCCGCAAAGCGUUUGCCAACAAAUUGGUGGAAGCCACCCAUCAGUACAACUUGGACGGAAUCGAUAUUGAUUGGGAAUAUCCAAAUAGUGCAGAUGGCGUUUCUUGUAACCAAAAUCAUCCUCAAGAUACCGAAAAUUUGUUAAAGUUUUUCAAGGUUUUACGCGAAAAGUUGGACAAAAAGUAUCCUAAACAACGUAAAUUAAUUACGGCUGCUGUUGGUGCGACCGUUUUCAACGACAUGAACCAAGAACCUUCCAAAUGGCUGGAUCGUGGGUUCGCAAAACAUGUGGAUGCUUUUGCCGUUAUGGCUUACGAUCUGAUGGGCCCUACAUCCGAGUUUACCGAAGCUAAUGCUGGUCUUCGCAGUAGAAGAGGUGUCAGUGGUAGCCAAGCUAUUCAAAACUGGGUGAGUGCAGGCAUUCCCCGCGAUCGUAUUUUGCUUGGAGUUCCGUUCUACGGCUAUACUACGAAAAUUCAAACGACCAUCAAUGCGGCUUCUGGAAUGGGUGUGGCUAUCAGUCGUCCUACACAGCAAAUUCAGGGUGAUCAGUACGAUCAUAUGGAGAAGGAUCCUUGUCAGGGAGCCGUGGCUGCCUAUACUGGUGAAUAUCAAUGGCGAUCUAUUGCACAGGAUGGGAUUCUUCGCAACGCUUCAGGCUGGCAUUCGUAUUGGGACCCGGUUUCUUUGACGCCCUAUGCUUACAAUGAUAAACAUCAACAAUUCCUUACAUUUGACGACCCGCGAUCUCUAGGUGCCAAGGUUCAGUUUGUGAACAACAACCAGUUAGGUGGCAUCAUGUUGUGGUCGCUGGAAAUGGAUGAUGCUCAGCACAGUUUGAUAAAUGCUCUUCAACCUGUUCGAACAAACCCACUCUAA